AGCAUAUCAAAGACUGUAGUAUCAUCUUACAGAAUCGUCAGUCACCUUUUUCUUUCAAGUCACGGAGAAGAAAGGCGCACCCGCCAUGCAAUGUCACCAUCCUUUCGUCGACUACCUACUCUAUCUGGCAUCAGACUUGCAGUAGAUCCUGUCGCUGCGCACGAUGAGUUUCAGGCAUAGUUUCCCUAAAAUCUUCACAUCUUUCAUCCACGAUGUUUUAAAUUUCUCUAUACUUUGUAGGUGGUGAUAAUCAGUCAUGGUGAAUGGAUUUAACAGAGAUUAGCCUGGAGGGAAGAGAAAAUGGAUUUAGGUUGAGAAGGAGAAGAAGAAUGUUAGAAGGGUAUUAAAGAGGAAAAGUUUAUUGCAAGCAAGAGAAAAUUUUAUUACUCAAGAGGAGAUUGGAGGUGUUGAUAUUUGGAAAUGGCGGUGGCAGUGUUCGCUCUCUGAUGAAAAGUUAUUAAUUUUUUAAUUAUUCAAAUAGCAGAACUCAAAUGGAAAUGGGGUUUGUAUGAUAUCCGAAUUAUAAUAGACUGCACACCAGAUGUUUGAUAAUUUGACGUUGGCUCAUCAUCUGUGUUAUUCUCCCGAUGUAUUUUAAACGGCUCUUCCCUGCAAGAAAACUUUUUAACACCAUUAAUCAGCAAACUCGAUCCUUUGUCCGAGACCCUUUCCCAAAUAAGGUCAUACACUACCUCCACCGGGCUAAACUCGUUGAUUCUAUUCGACUCGCUCUCCGUUCCAACUAUCUUCGAUCUGUUACUGCACUCUUCAAUCAUCGCCUCCUUGACUCUUUUAUUGUCACUCACGCACUUCGUUCUGCUCCCUCCGCAGAGUCUGCGCUGUUUAUUUUUGACGCGCUCAAGUCAAAUCUGCAUUUUUCACAUAACCAAGCCACCCUCCAUGCUCUUGCCGCCGUGCUCGCCAAGUUUCACCGAACUGAUGAACUGAAGUCCUUGAUUGGUGAUAUUAAUGCUGGCACGUUUGGCAAAGUUCGUGUUAGCUUCAUGAACCUAAUGAAUUGGUAUGCUGCCAGUGGGGAUUUUGAAUCAGUUCUAGCUACAUGGGAUGAAUAUAGACGCUCACAGAAGCAUGUCUGCGCUGAAUCUUAUAACAUUGUGAUGCACCUUUACCUGCGGAUUGGAAAGAAUUCUGAAGCUGUGGAGACAUUCUAUAGGAUGAUUGAAGAAGGGUUAAUCCCAAAUUCUAGGACAUAUACAAUUAUGAUAGAACAUCUUUUAAGUUCAGGAAAAUUGGAUUCAGCAAUGGAGGUGUUUAACAUGUUGCCAGUGAUUAGAAUCAAGCGAACUUUAAGACAGUUUUCUAUUUUCGUAGAAAGAUUUAGUAUGGCCAGACGGUUUAAGGAGGUCAAAACUUUACUUAAUGAAAUGAAGGCCGAAGGGAAGUUUCCGAGUCAAUCAAUGCUUCUCUCUUUGCAACACAUGCAGGAGGCAGGAUUUGUCCAGGAGACAGAUGAAUAUCUCAGAAAAAUGUUGCCAGAUGGGAGAAUCAAGAAUAUCACUGGGUAUUGUGUGGAUAGCAGUGAUGAGGAUGAAGAUCAGUAUGUGGAGGAGAAUGGUAAUAAGUCCGAUGUAGAUGUACCUGGAGUUCAGUUGAAACCAUGGUUGGAUCCAAAAGCUUUGGCAAAUGCCUUGAAAGGGUGGAGCCGUGAUGCAGUAUCUGCCUUAGAGGAAGCUUCAUUAGUCUGGACAAGACGCUUGGUUUGCAAGGUCCUUAGGAACUUCAAUUCACCAGAAACAGCUUGGAAUUUCUUCUGUUGGGUUGCUUGUCAACCAGGAUUUACUCAUGAUGCUUAUACAGUGCAAAGGAUGGUGGCCCUUUUAGCACGCCAUGGUCAUGUUGAAUUGGUUGAUAAACUAAUUUCCAAAGUAAGAAGUGAAGGGAUGAGGUUGCCUUUAAGCACUAUCCGGUUGAUUAUUGACUUUUAUGGAAUUUCAAAGAAGGCAGACGCUGCUUUGAAGGUCUUCAUUGAUGAUAGAGCACUCUGUGGCCCCAUAUCAAGAUUCGAUCAAAUGCUAUUGUACUCUUCUCUCCUAAGAACAUUGACAAAAUGUGGGAGGAAUUCUGAUGCCUUGGAAAUGCUAGAUAAGAUGAUUUUAGAUGGGAUUAUAGCAGAUAGCCAGACAUUUUGUGGAUUGAUGCAUCACUUUGCUUUACAAGGAGAUAUUAAAACUGUACAGAAACUAUUUUCUAUGGUUAGACAGACUGGUAUUGAGCCUGAUGGCUACAUGUUUAAGGUUCUGAUCCAGGGUUACUGCAAAUGUGAAAGAGCUGCUCUUGCAUGGAGAGUUUUUGAGGAAAUGAAAAGUUCAAAUUUGAUGCCUGAUGCUGCCACAAAAGAGUUACUUGUGAAUAGUCUGUGGAAGGAAGGCAAGCGAAGAGAGGCUGCUGCUGUGCAAGAGAGUGAGGAGAUAAAUUGUAUCAUUCCAUUGACAUUACGCGGUCAUAUAUGGACUGUGAGUUCUGCAGAUCUCACCAGAAUUUAUAAUAUUUAUACCAGUAGUUUUACAUCAACAAGUAGUUAGACGAUCUAGUGUCAAGGAUCAUUGGUUACAGUCUUCAGUUAAAAACAUAGUGAAUUAAUCUCUACUUCUUUUCUGCA